GCACUGGGAGCGGCCAUGGCGCUGUCGCGCGCCGAGCGGUGCCUGGCGCUGCUGCUGCGGCUGCUGUCCCGCGCCUGCCUGGCGCUGCUGGGGCUGGCGGCCCCCGCGUCGCCCCGCGCCGUGCCCCCACCGCGCCGCUCGCUGCUGCUGCUGCCCGCCCGGCAGCUGGCCAAGAGGCUCCGGCAGCGGCAGGUGACGUGCGUGGAGGUGGUGGAGGCCUACAUCGAGAGGAUCAGGGAGGUGAACCCGCUGAUCAACGCCGUCGUCAAGGACAGGUUUGAGGAGGCCCUGCAGGAAGCCCGGCAGGUGGACAAGCUGCUGGCAGAGGCCCCCGGCGACGAAUACCUGGAGGAGAAGUUCCCCUUCCUGGGGGUCCCCAUCACCGUCAAGGAGGCCUUCUCGUUGCACGGGAUGCCCAACAGCUCCGGCCUGGUCAACCGCCGCGACGUCAUCGCCACCUCCGAUGCCACCGUGGUGUCACGGCUGAAGCAAGCCGGCGCCAUCCCGCUGGGGGUGACCAACUGCAGCGAGCUGUGCAUGUGGUUCGAGUCCAGCAACAGGGUCUAUGGCCGGACCAACAACCCCUACGACCUGCAGAGGAUCGCAGGGGGCAGCUCAGGCGGGGAGGGCGGUGUCCUUGCAGCCGCCUGCUCGGUGAUAGGUGUGGGCUCCGACAUCGGCGGCAGCAUCCGGAUGCCGGCUUUCUUCAACGGCGUCUUUGGCCAUAAACCCACCACAGGAGUGGUCCCCAAUGACGGGCAGUUCCCCAUCGCGCAGGGGGUGCGGACCAGCUUCCUCUGCACCGGGCCCAUGUGCCGCUACGCCGAGGACCUGGAGCCGAUGCUGCGGGUCAUGGCUGGUCCUGGAGUCCACAAGCUGAAGCUGAACGAAAAGGUGUCGCUGGAGAAAAUCAGGUUUCUCUGCAUGGAUCACGACGGCGGCUCCGUUUUUGUGUCGCCUGUGGACAAGGAGAUUCUGCAGGCCCAGAAGAAGGUGGUGGAGUACAUCGAACGCGACCUGGGGGUGCAGGUUCAGCGCGUGUCCGUCCACAAGAUGAAGUAUUCCUUCCAGAUCUGGUCGGCCAUGAUGUCUUCCAAGGACGGCGACGGGCAGGAUGCUCAGCACUUCACGGACCUGCUCGGGGAUCACGGGAAGCCGGUGUGGCCGAUGUGGGAGCUGAUGAAGUGGCUGGUGGGGAUGUCUUCUCACACCCUCCCAGCCAUCGCCCUGGGGCUGACGGAGAAGCUGGUGACAAUCAACCCUGGCGCUAACGCCAAGCUGGUGAGCAUGGGGAAGAGCCUGCAGGCUGAGAUGGAGACCUUGCUGGGGCCGGACGGAGUGCUCCUCUACCCAUCCCACCCCACCGUAGCUCCGCGGCACCACUCCCCGCUGUGCAUGCCCUUCAACUUCGCCUACACAGCCAUCUUCAACGUUCUGGGCUUGCCCGUCACGCAGUGCCCGCUGGGCUUGAGCAGCGAGGGCUUGCCGCUGGGCAUCCAGCUGGUGGCAGCCUCCUACAACGACCACCUGACGCUGGCGGUGGCCCGGUACCUGGAGGAGGCCUUUGGAGGAUGGGUGCUGCCUGGCAAAGCUUAGCCUGGCCUCCGGGAGGCAGGGACAGAGGCGGCCACGCUGGGAAAGGCAGCGGCAGGCGCUGAUGUCCCACCACUGCCUUCUGCCUCCGCGCUUGGAGCAUCCUGCCCACGUCCAGCCCGUGUCCUCCUGGGCGUGGGGGUGCCCGUCCCUCCGUAGUGCCUGCUGCUUGGAAGACGCUGCAUGAAGGCGAGGGAGAGGAGGCUGGAUAGGGCAUGGGCGCUGCAAAACUGUCUUCAUUCUCCUUGGCCUCUCCCUGCCUAUGGCUUGGGCUGCUCGUGGGUGCCCCAGAGGCAUCCUGGUCCCUGCAGCCUCCGUGAUGUGCUGCAGGGCGUCCCCCGGCCGGCGAAGCAAAGCAGGAGGCGAUGCUGGAGGUGAUGCUGGCGGUGGCUGCACACAGAAGGGCCAAAUGUUUGCUCUCGUGAGCCUUUGACAGCACUGAAGAGCUAUUUGACUGCAGCUCUCUGUGUGCUGAGAUGGCUAACGCAUCUCCUGCCCACAGCUUCUGGGGAUCACCCAGCCUGAUCGGCGUCCCGUGCUCCUGCCCUCCAAGGUGCCCGCUGCCUUGCUGUCCCCCAUGAGUGACACGUGCAGAAAUUUGGGCCGGGGGCUGGGGGGCAAUUAGUGCGACAUGUUCUCAAUGAGGAUAACAUUAAAGAGUUUGUCUGCCCAGUG